CGGAGUGCUAAUGAAUAGACCUAAUUAGAAAUUCCUAAAGUAGCCGAAUACUACACCGCAGUCUCUGUCUGGCAGGACAAUUGUGGUCUCCCCAGCAAACGGUGGGGAAUUCUUCCUAGUUUAUUUUCCCAAAUAAUUUAUGAAGUAACAAUCACUGAAAGUCCAAAUACAAUGUACGUCAGAGAUUUGCUGAAGUCCUGCCAUUGAUCAGACACCGGAUUGAGUCAAAAGACAAAAAAGAAGAGAGAGAAAAGGCUUUGCAGCAUCCCACGGACGUCAUGGCAACUUGUGAAGAAGGGGUGGCGCUGCCCAAGAUUUCCUCUCAUUGAGUCGAGAGAAACACAACGGCCAGCUCCCCAACCCCGCGCCGGUGGCAGGCGGUACCAGCGCACCACGAUGACUCUGAUCCUCUGGCCGUUCUAUCGCACGCAACAACCGGGAGCGACUCUGCAGUAACACCGCCUCAUCGUACCGUGACUGGUGGCAUGCUGCUCGAUCAUGGCACCGUCUGGCUCGCGUAGUGUCAAACGGGGCUGCCAAAGAGUUUUGUACUGGAUCCCGGUUGUGUUCAUCGUCCUUAUAGUGGCGUGGUCGUACUACGCCUAUGUGCUAGAGCUUUGCAUAGAGUCUAUCGACGACAUCGGAGAAAAGAUCAUAUACCUGCUGGCCUACCAUGUGACCUUCAUCAUGUUCGUGUGGGCCUACUGGCAGACCAUCUUCACAAGUCCCAUGAACCCCCUCAAGGAGUUCCACCUGUCCUACUCGGACAAGGAGCUGCUGGAGCGUGCCGACCGGGGCGAGUCUCAGCAGGAGAUCCUAAGACGGCUGGCCAAGGACCUGCCCAUCUACACCCGCACCAACUCUGGAGCCAUCCGCUUCUGCGACCGCUGUCAGCUGCUCAAGCCUGAUCGAUGCCAUCACUGCUCAGUCUGUGAUAAAUGUAUUCUGAAGAUGGAUCACCAUUGUCCCUGGGUAAACAACUGUGUUGGAUUCUCCAACUAUAAGUAUUUCAUGCUCUUCCUGGCCUACUCCUUACUCUACUGCCUAUUUAUCACUGCCACAGAUCUUCAAUACUUCAUCCGAUUCUGGACGGCUGAAGGUAGAGCGCAUGAUCGUCUGAAAGAAUACCUGAACGGACUUCCAGACACGCAAGGCAAGUUCCACAUCAUGUUCCUGUUUUUUGCCUCCUCCAUGUUCUCCGUCAGCCUGGCCUCUCUGUUCGCCUACCACUGCUGGCUGGUCUGCAAGAACAGAUCUACACUGGAGGCGGUGCGAGGCCCUGCCUUCCGCCACGGAACCGACAAGAACGGCUUCGGUCUGGGGUCCAGCAAGAACUUCCGCCAGGUGUUCGGGGAUGAGAGGAGAUACUGGCUUCUUCCUGUCUUCUCCAGUCUAGGAGAUGGUUGCUCCUUCCCAACCUGUCUGGUCAACCAGGACGCAGAGCAGCCAUGUUCCCCUGAAGGCCACAACGCUAACAAGAUUGCAACGGAAAUCCAGUUUCCAGCCAAGCCACUGAGGGAGUCUCAGAGUCGCCUGCUCAGCAGCACCCCCUCGUGGAUAGAGAGUGACAGUGCAGAGGACAGAGAGAGGAAUGGUACCAGCAACCCUAUAAUGAUAAUAGAACAUGAGGCGUAGGCUUCUAUUCAGAAUCAAGACGUGUAACCCUAAACUCCUGGGUGUGCCUAUCAGGACGUGAUGUGGUGUGACACGAUGUCUGUGGUCGUUCAUAAUGCGUACAGCUGUAUGCGUCAGACAAGGUUUACUUCAUCAACACAGAAUAUGCAGAAAUCACGACAAUAACAACAACAACAACAACAACAACAAUAGACCAAACCCGGAGACCUCUUAAAAGAGUCAACUAGUGAACAACAAAGGACACAAACAGGUUAACCCAUUCAGUUCCUGAAAAGGAAGGGACAGGAACUGCAUUCCAGAAUAUGAGACUUUGAGUUUGUCCAUUUGUUAAGCACAGUAUUGUAAUUACUGGUUUUGCACUUUGUAUAAUAUGAAUAUUAGUCUGGUUAAGCUGCUUUUGAUAACACCAUGAAUGCUCAACAGUUUAAAGGGUUGCUCAUCGCUGGGUAAAUCUAGACCCCGUUUCUUUGAUUGCUCAUGCAAGAGUUUAAUGGUAGAAAUGAAUGCUACAUUUUGGUUUUGUGAAACAGUGCACAUUAUAGCUUCCAGUGACAUUUGGGUUUUAUGGGAGUCUCCAGUUGAAGGCCUUUAUGUCAGUGUAGUUUCUUCUGCAUUUUUGAGUGAUAUAAAAAAGAAUCUGGGAUGGGCUCCCCCCUCUCCCUGACCACAUCAUCUACAUGCAAAGUGUUGUAAAAAAUGAACCCAGUGCAUGCUUGAUCUCAGUGAAAUCGAAAUGCUUUGCCGUAUUGAACUGUAUGCAGGACAAUGUUAUUAUUUCUCUCUUGCUUGUGAUGAGUGUGUGAAGCUGUUUAGUGAAUCUAUGAACAAGGGCUCCGUUGUCUGACUGCUUGGGUUUUAUGUGACCGUAUGAGUGAGGGCGUGUGUCGCCCUGUCACAAACACACUGUUAAUUUGUAUUUCUCUGUAUAACGGCAGUUGGCUUCCCUAUGCCAGAUAGUGCAUGUAGGUCUGGCAUAGUUUCCACCACACACUGCCAGAUAAUGUUCCCUGGUCUGUUUUCACCCAGAGGCGUCACUUCGACCGGGAAUCGCUCAUAAGCGGUUCUUAUUUGAUUGGUUUAUUUUUCCACAAAUGUAUUGAAAGUGGAAGCAAGAGCCGCAAUGAGUAUUUUAGGCUUAUCGGAUUGUGAAAAAAAGGACAAUUACUGAAUGUAUUGCAGAAAUAAAGAAAGGUUGCUAUGGGUGCUUUGUUAAAUUUGUACUUUCUGACCAUUCUUUAUUUCUCACACAGGUCAUUUCAAUGAAAUAGUUAAACUAGUUUUCCUGUGAUAAGUACUUGCUUGUUUUGAAAUGCUGUAUGGUGUCUAUAUUUUUCUAUCAAACCGACUUGGGACGACCUCAUUUUUAGGUUCAUGAACACUCAGUUGUGCUGGCUUACAAAGUGAAAAUAAAAUGAGGUCAUAUUCUCCAUCUCUCACAGAAUGGCUUUUUAUAUGUAUCUGAUAUACAGUAUGAUGCUGUGAAUAGAGCAAAACACAACACAAGGACUCCAAAACAAUCCAGAAUGUUUAGUGUUAUAAAAAUUCCAUGCCUUUAUUUACAAAACCAUAUUUAUUUAAGUAUUGCAUAUUUA